AUGGGACGCAUCCAGUUCGCUAUAGUCGCUGCGUUGGCCCUCGUCACCAGAAGCGCAAACGGCUUUACCGUUGGUACACCCGAAGGUCUUGCUGCCGGCACCACCGGUGGAGGCAACGGGACUAUCGUAUACCCUACCACGAACCAAGAGCUGAUAGCCUACCUGAACUUCUCGGAGCCGCUGGUGGUUGUACUGAACAAGACCUUCGACUUCCGUGGCACGGAAGGGACGGUCACUGAGACGGGUUGCCGUCCGGAUUACACGCGCGAAUGCAUGGCCAAGAACAACGGCCUCAAAAGCCAGGAUGUGAUCCUCCAGCCGGGUGGCAUGAACAACACUGGCGGUUGUACCGGCGGUACCGAAGUGACGGUGACAGCAACAAGACUAUCCGUGGUAUCGGCAAGAGUGGUGUCAUCGUGGGCAAGGGCUUGA